UUUAGGAAAUUUAAGGAAAAAAGUUCCAAGAGGCAACUUUCAGUUCCAAAUAAACGCACACCGCUCUAGACCUACUUACUAAGUCGUUUUUUCAGCAGUACUGGUAACAGGCGCUUCCGGUUACAUUGCCUUACACUGCGUGAUACAACUCCGCGGCACAGUACGAAACUUGCGAAACUCGGCAAAGGUAAGUCCACUUUGUGAUAUGAAGUACAGAGCAGAAAGGCUAGAACUGGUAGAAGUUGAUCUCGAAUGUGCAGAACACUGGCAUAGUGCGGUCGGCGGAUGGACGUACAUUUUGCAUAUAGCAUCACCAUGGCCAAUUGUAGCUGAUGAAACAACCAUUGCAAUUGCAACAAAUGGUACUCUAAAUGUUCUAAGAGCAGCAACCGAAUGCAGGACAGUCCGAAAAAUCGUGCUGACCAGCAGCUGUGCAGCAGUUAAUGGUAGUCAUACAGUCAAAAUUUAUGUGAUUGCAGGAAAAAACAAACUCUACCUACGCUAAAC